CCACCGUAAAGCGACAAAAGCGUCGUAAAAGCUAAGGCAAGAAGUUCUUGCCCGCGGGCAAAAUGGCGGCUGAACGCACCCUUGAAGAAACGGGGUGAGGCCAACUGUCAUUCCCGCCAUUUUGGUUACGGGCGGCUGCAGCCCUUUCAACUCCGGCUUCGAUGGGGCUGCGGGGGCUCGUGGUUCCCGCGCUGGGCUUGGCUGCCGCCUGGCUGCUGGGCCUCGGGUUCGAUCCCAGCUCCUGGCCGCUCCCUUCCUUCUCCGGGCGGGGCCGGCUGCUGAGCCCCGCCGAGCUCGCGCGUUACACGGGCGCGCAGGGCGGCCCCGGCCUCUACCUGGCGGUGCUGGGGCAGGUGUUCGACGUGCGCCGGGGGCACAAGCACUACGGGCCGGGGGGGGCCUACAGUGUCUUCGCAGGGAAAGACGCCUCCAGGGCUUUUGUGACGGGAGAUUUCACCUACGCCGGCCUUGUGGAUGAUGUUUCUGGGUUAUCUCCAUCAGAAAUGUUGACGAUAAAAAACUGGCUCUCUUUCUACAGUGAGAACUACAUCUUUGUUGGCAAACUGGUAGGAAGAUUCUAUGAUGAAAAUGGGGCACCCACAAGAGCUCUGGAACAGGCCAAGGCUGUCAUCGAAGAAGUGCUGAAGUUCAAUGGACAAAAGGAUGAGAAGAAGCAGUUCCCUCCCUGUAACUCUGAAUGGAGCUCAACCAGUGGCAGCAGAUUCUGGUGUUCCAAACAAAGUGGGGGAGUGAACAGAGAUUGGAUUGGAGUCCCCAGGAAGCUGUACAAGCCUGGUUCCAGUGAUAGUCACUGUGUGUGUGUAAGAACUACUGGACUUCCCUCUGGACAAUUGGAUUCUACUGAACACAGUGACAGAGGUGACUUGGACAAUCCUAACUUGCAAGAAUACAAGGGAUGCUAUACACUAGCUGACUGGUGCGUGUUAAAAGAUUAAGGGAAUAGCCAUGUUAGACUCGAUAUGCAUUUAUUGUCCUAAAAUGAAAUGGUUGAUUAGGUACAAUAAAAACAAUGCAUGUUUUGAACCUUACAGUGGAUUCUCUGUUAUCUAAAUCUGGGGAGACUUAAACAGGAAUCAGUUUGUAUAAGUUAUACUUGAGUAUAUGUAAACAUGUGAAAAUGGCAGUAGAAGCAAGGGAAAUGUGAGCAUAGUAAGGAAAAUGUUAAAACAGAUCUUUGCUGAUAGCUGUUUCUACAGCUGCUUGUUGGUGCAUUGGUACUUAAUUUUGACAAGAAAAAGUUUUUCUUCUGCAAUCAAGAAGUAGAUGUAUGUAUGGAAUGGUGCUGGUGGAUGUAAUAGCUCAUGGGCGGUGAGCUUGAAGCUAGCACACCACUACAGCCCUGUUUUCACUGACAAGCAUACAAACCAGCCCCCCCUCUUCCCUCCUGUCACAAUAUGGCUGCUCUUACAGCAGAGUUAUGCUAACAUUCACUAAUCUUCCUGUACCACCAUGAACUUGCUGAGAAAUGACUUAGCAUUGUAGAGGCUUCAGUUAUUUCUACAGUCAUGUUAAACAUUUACUAGGCUGUAUGGUUUAAACUAUCCAAAAGCUACACUUGUCAAAUGAAUCCAGGACACUAGGUGAUGCAUUCAGUGUUUCUACUAUUUGUUGGGUACAGGAAACAUUAAGGUAUACCCAGUCCAUCUCUAUCCUCUCCCUCCACAUAUUUCCUAUAACUUGCUAUUUCCAUAAAACUUACAAGCCAUGAGUCACCUGUUCUAACUGAACCAUGAAAGUGAUGCACAGGCAGGUAACUGAUUUUUCUGCUAUAAUCCAUCUUUCCUCCUCCCUUACUCUUAUUUACAACCUCUACAUGUUGCAUUGUCUCUAAUUAGAUUGCAAAGGCUUUAGGGCAGAAAUCAGGGCUUUGAAAAGAUCCAACCCAUGUGUUCUAAUUUGCAAAAUCCAAUAGUGGUGUGUGCUGCCUAAAUAAUUCAAGUUAGUACUGUUCUGUGCAGGGGCUACUCUGUACAAAUUAGUGCAUUAAACUGUUUUACAAAAGA